AUGGGACAUUGGAGGAAUCUCUUUACCGCCGAUCCUGGCAGGACGCGGCAUCGCAUCCAGGUGGAACGUCGUCGACUGCUACCUGCCUAUGCUGCUGAUGAGCCUCACGCCUCUGGUGCUUCAAAGGAACUUGCCAAGGUUGCUCUUCGGUUGAAAUAUCAAAUUGAGCAGGUUGUCUCAUGCGAAGUGAAGGAUAAAUUCUUGACCGACCCAAAUAGCCGCAUCAUCACGGACGAUGUGGUUGCGACAGCCAUGAAGGCUGGGGGAGAUGAAUACAAAGCAUGCGUUGUUUAUUGUCUUUUAGUUUGUCUGCGAUGGUUCAAGAUUCAAGCCUCCGUCGAGCUCUGGGAUUCCGAUCUUCACGAGGUUCGGGCAGUGGCUUGCGAGGUCAUCGCCAAGCGCAUAAUCGAAUCGGAGCCGGACCAAGAUUACGUGCUGAAGGAUAUCUUGCUCAAGCGGUACUCCAUCUUCAGUGAAGGAGUAGAGACUGAUCCCGCCAAUGUCAUUGAACGAUCGGUAGAUCUCCACGCCUUGAAAAUCAUCAGCUCUGCCCCGUACCAGAGAUGUAUCCUGUACCUGUGGAGGGGUUGGAUCUGUCAGGAAGAGGGCAACCCAACUAACUUUGUCGAAUACAGCGAGAAGGCUAACACUAACUAUUGGGUUCAUUUCCAUCCUGACCGGAUGCGAACUCCUCUGUAUCAGAAUGUCUGCCAAAUUUUGUUUUCCUUGGUUUACCUUGCGGUUUAUACGGCGGUCAUCAAUACCGUGAACCCAACCGGUGACGUGGACGUGGCCGAGGGCAUUCUUUACGGUAUGACUGUUGCGUUCAUCUGCGACGAAGGGCUCAAGUUUUGGAAGGUUGGAUGGAAUUACCUCGAAUUCUGGAAUGCCUUCAACUCAACCCUCUACACUAUCCUGAUCGUGUCACUUGCCAUGCGGUUUAUUGCCUUGGCACACUCAACAUCUGCCAACGAUGAACAAAGGCGGCUAUACAACGAGCUCAGCUACAACUUCUUGGCAUUUGCGGGCCCUAUGUUCUGGAUGCGCAUGAUGCUAUACCUUGACUCGGUCCGCUUCUUCGGUGCUAUGUUUGUGGUCCUCCGGGUCAUGAUGAAGGAGAGCUUGAUAUUCUUUGCUCUUCUAUUUGUGGUGAUGGCUGGUUUCUUCCAGGCCUUCGUCGGCAUGGCCCAAGUAGAUGACGACUAUCCCCUUCACCGAAACAUUCUCCAAGGAAUGGUGAACAGUAUCAUGCAGAGUCCUGAGUUCGACACUUUCCAGGAGUUUGCAUUUCCCUUUGGCAUCAUCCUCUAUUAUGUUUUCAACUUCAUUGUCAUGACUGUUUUGUUGAAUAUUCUCAUUGCCUUGUACAACAGCGCAUAUGAAGAUAUCUCGGGCAAUGCCACUGACGAAUACAUGGCCAUCUUUGCGCAGAAAACCAUGCAGUUCAUCCGCGCCCCAGAUGAAAAUGUCUUCAUCCCGCCAUUCAAUCUCAUUGAGAUUCUGUUUCUAAUAGCCCCAUUCGAAUGGUGGCUUUCGCGGAACGCAUACGCAAAGCUGAAUGAAUUUGUAAUGGGUGUGAUCUAUUCUCCUCUGCUUAUCUUUGCGGCCUGGGUUGAGACCAGUCGGGCACGCCAGAUUCAAUGGAAUCGACGCCAUGGCGAAGCAGACGAUGAAUAUGCCCAGGAAUGGGAGCAUGUGGCCACAGAUGUCAACUUUGAUCUUGAUGAUACUUGGAAAGAGCAGGUCAUGGAGUCCAUGCCGGAUAUCAAGCUUGAUAAUUGUACAUAUGAACUCAGGGAGCUGAAAGAACAGGUUAGAAUGUUGACGGGAAUGGUGAAGGAGUUGAAUCGGGAGGUGAUGGACAAGAAGGCGGAUGGAGCAAGCUAG